AUGACUUCAAAACAUUCUGGAAAUUCGUCAGAGUAAACAUGACUUCAGACCUUCACGACGUGAAAUGGUACAAUGAGAAGUCCCUUAGCAGGCCAGGCUUUCUAGAGGACACCAGUAGUUUCCUAGUCGGGCAUCCCAGGCUCCGUCAGGUCCGAGUGUCUGCAGAUAAAAGUUGUGACGUCCCGGGUGUAAUGGCGAAGGUGAUGACUGACUGUGACCGGCCCUACAGCCUCUUGGACAGUGACGAUAACAGUUAUGACGUCGGCUGGACACGUAACAACAUGACAUUUGACGUAAGAAACUUGGCGAAUGUUUCGUACGGCCAGAGACCAUGGAUAUACCGGCCUGCAUCGUUAAGUGCGGCUGUUCCUGACUCUGGUGAACAUGGCACCUACUACGGCGGUGGUUACCUGGUGGAACUAUCCAACAGCAGCAGCGCCGACAUGGAAUUGAUAGAUGAACUGCAGGAAAUGGACUGGAUAGACGACAACACGAGGGCAGUUUUCAUAGAGUUCAUCGUGUACAAUGCGAACGCAAACCUGUUCGCUGUCUUCAACUUACUAGCUGAGUUUACCAACCUGGGGAGAGCCUUCCCGCAAGGCGAGAUCAUGGUGGUCCGGUUGUACCCGUACACGACAGCCUGGGGGUUCGUACUGCUGGGAUGUCACGGUCUCUUCCUUCUUGUCUCUUUGUAUCUUGCAUUUGUAGAAGUACGCCGCAUACUGUCGCUGGGUACGGAAUACUUCAAGAUGUUCUGGCGUGUAGUGGAGCUCGUGCUGUCCCUGUUGGCUCUGGCGGAAAUCGGGGUUCACCUUUAUACCGCCUACCUGAUUCUCGGCUUCAACACAAGUCAGAAAGAUAGUAACAGCGGGGAUGAGAGAUACAACAAGUACAAACAAGCUGCAAGCUGGGAGAAAAUCAACACGUACAUUCUCGGCUGGCUGGUCUGUGUGGCGUGUUUGAAGAUGCUGUACUUGUGCCGAUUCAACAAAACCAUACAACGUGGGCCCAAAGUGGUUAGAAGGGCACAAGGAAAAUUGCUCAGCUUUCUAGUUAUAUUUGUGACGGUUUUUAUGGCGUAUUCUCAGUUUUCGUACCUUGUCCUCGGUACCAAACUCACCAAGUAUGGAAGCUUUGUACGGACCAUGCAAACGUUGUUUGGCGUCAUGCUUGGAGACAUGGACUAUCCUACAGUGAAGUCUGCACACGACGUACUUGGGCCGUUGAUGCUACUAAGCUUCGUGGUCUUUGUCAGCAAUAUCUUGAUAAUGAUGUUCCUAGUAAUUCUCAGUGAUGCCUAUUGCGACGUCGUGGUGGAAGAAGAACUGAAGGGUAAAUCUGAAAAUGAGAAAAUCAAGGAAUACGGCGUGUGCAGAUUGAAGAAGCUUCUUCAUAAAAAUCCCAAUGGUGUCGCUAUAACCAAGCAAAAAUCAGAAGCAGAAAUAUCUGUCAUAAGCGACAUGCCGGCAUCAAUUCCAACAAGAAACAUCGAUGGAAAGUCGUUGAAGAAUUCUUUAUCAGGCGAGGAGGCCGGAUCACAGAACGACCUGAAACAAGGAGCUUGCGGACCUGUCUGGUUGGAUGAAGACUGGCAGAAGUUACGAUCGAGCUACGCGAACAAGUUUGACGAAGCGGCAGGACCAGCGGACAUAACGUGGCCUGAAGGAGCUUGUGGUGAAAACUCAAAAGUUGGGACAGCUCGGCGCCGCAGCUCAACAUUUCAAUCGAGACGUACACUCUCUGGGAUUGAAGAACAUCCUCCGAAAGACCCAUUGAAGCUGGAGAACAAUGACAGU